CGUGUGUCAGCAUGAGCUGUCCCACCUCCUGCUCCUGCUCAGCUGAGUGCCAGGUCCUGAGGCCUCCUCCACACAGGACCUGUUGUUGUGCUCUGAGGUGGUGAGGGAUCAGCGGGGUGUUGCUCCUGCCUCUGAGAGCAGCUCGGCCUGGUUUGGCUUUGCCUGAGCUUCCCUGUAGGCAAAAGGCCAGGCAGAGAUUGUUUCUGGCUGAGCAGGAGGCCGUGACCUCGCGAAUGAGUAGGCCUCAAGGAGCUCCUGCGGGGCCCAGCUGCUGUGGGCACGGCCAAGGUCAUCUCCAGCACUCAGCCUGUCCUAAAGGCUGAGGGACCUCAUUCCUGAGGCCAUCACAGUAGCUUAUAACAUGAGCUGCUGCUCCUGAAAGGCUGAAGGGCAUUGUUUAGGCAAAGCCCUGCUUAAAGCUGGAGAUCUGGACUCUGCUGGAAGCACUUUGCAAAUAUUCUUCCUGUUCUGGAGAAGGCAGCUGAUGACAAAAAUUGAUUCCAGAACCCAAGAUGCCUUUGAUGUUUGCAAGGAUGAAAGCUUGUGUUGAAUGUUGCAGAGUGUUCAUUGCCAAGAACAGGAAGGCUUUGUUUUUCCUGCUGCCCUUAAUGUUUAUAGACAACAACCACUUCUCUUGGUUAGAGUUUUCUGAUCCCUGUCUCCUCUGACUGUUUCUCCGUGUGCUUAGAUUUUACUUCAGACUUUUAGUUUUGUGCUGGCUAUCUGUGCUGCAGGGCUGCUUGUCUUGCUGCUGCUGUUUUUGAGGUGGUGCUGGUGUGGUGGUGUUGUUGUUUCCCGACUGACUGAGUUGAAAGGGCCCAGUGUCCCGGAGAGUGGGGCUGCCUUUGUGACCUGCUGCAGGGUAGGAUUUCUUUUGAAGUGAGCAUCUUUCCUUGGGAUUUUUACAGAGAUGCUGGUGAGUGAGGGAGAUCCUGAGACUAAAUACACAGAACUGGAGACUAUUGGCAAAGGGGGUUUCGGCACUGUGUGCAUGGCAGUGGAGACUGCCACAGGAGAAGAGGUGGCCAUCAAGAAAAUUAGUCUCCUGCAAGAGAGCAGCAGCGAGCUGUGCCUGAAUGAAAUCCAGGUCAUGCGUGGCACUAAGAAUGCCAACCUUGUGAACUAUGUAGACAGCUACCUGGUGGACGAGGAACUCUGGCUGGUGAUGGAAUACAUGGAUGGAGGUUCUUUACAUGAUAUCAUAAGGGAGACUCACAUGGCAGAAGGAGAGAUAGCAGCUGUCUCUCGGGAGUGCCUGCAAGGCCUGGAUUUCCUUCACUCCAAUCAAGUGAUCCACCGAGAUAUCAAAAGCCACAACAUUCUCCUGGGCUUGGAUGGAUCAGUCAAGUUGGCUGAUUUUGGCCUUGCUGCUCAGCUGACCACUGAGCAGAGCAAACGGAGAUCAGCUGUUGGGACUACUUACUGGAUGGCGCCAGAAAUUUUCACCAGGAAGCCCUACGGCCCCAAAGUGGACAUCUGGUCCUUUGGCAUUGUGGGGAUCGAGAUGGUGGAAGGAGCGCCUCCGUACCUGAUGAAAACCUCCCGCACGGUUCAACAGCUGAUAAGCACCGGGGCCCCCCCGAAGCUGCAGAAGCCCAGGCAGCAGUCGGCGUGGCUGCGAGACUUUCUGCACUGCUGCCUGGAGAGGGACGAGGACAGGCGCUGGUCUGCCCAGGAACUUCUGCAGCAUCCGUUUGUAACAUCAGCCAAACCAGCCUCCACCCUGACACCUCUGAUCAUGGCCACGCAGCAGUUCAUGGCUGACAGGAGAUUCUAGCCCUGGAGGAGGCCUUUGUUGUUGUUUGUAGUUUGUAGUUUGUAGUUUAUAGCUUGUAGUUUGUAGUUUGUUUUGAGCGAUAGUCAGAAUAAAUACUAUAAUAAACAAACCUUUCGCUGUGUUGGAAGCUUCCCUUUGUUCUCACCCUGUGAAUAAGCUCUAAAUUUGCUUCUGAAUGGUCAGGUGUUUCUUCUGUGUGGGAAGACCCAUGGAUGGGGUUUGUGGCACGGUUUGUUUGUGAGCAAAGGUCAUCUUCCUUCAUUGCCUCCAGGCCACAGCCUCUUGUGGAGAUACAGGCUUGCAGCUGUGACUAGAGGAGCAGGGCAGGGCAGAAUGGAGCAGAGCAGUGGUGUCACUGCUGGGGAUGCUGCUGUACCUGUGGUUGUGUUGCAGCUCUUGGGAAAGGUUGGGAGUGUCUGUGUUGCUGUGGGCAGAGUGGGAGGGAGCCGGGCUUCUCCACAGGCUCAGGUGCAGGUGAGUGUCCAGUGGGAAGGCAAGUUCUGCCACAGGAACUGAUGCCAACACAAGGGAGUACUACACAUACUUGCCUUGGUGGAGUAAUUUCAUGCUUUGCUCCGAGGAGCUGGCAAAGAAGUCUGAAAAUUUGCUGAAUGUGAUAAAAAGAUACAGCUUUGGCAAUUUGAACAAAAAUAGGGUGUUUAUUUAAAGGGGAAAAACAAAGGGGAGGUAAGAAAAAAGACGAAAGGAAAGAAAGAAAAAAGGAUAAAGUCCCAGGCCCAAGGAUUGAGGAAAUCUCUAGCUGAACUGGCGUCUGGCCCCAAGGCAAGAACCUAAGGGCAUUUCAGUGAAUGCACUUAGUCUGCCCUCAAAUCUGGAAAAAGGUCUCUAAAAAGAGAUAUUGACCAAAAUCUGCAGUGUGGGGUCCCCUGCUGUAGCUAAGUCACAGUCCCAGGAACAGUAAAAGACAGCAAAGACAGCUCUUCAGGCCAGGCUGCCCCUUUGAUGUUCCCAGUCCCCUCAGUCUGUAGUUGCAGUUCUGCCCCCAUAGUCUCUGGUGAUUUGUGCUAGUAGAUGAUGAGGUAAGAUCUUCUUUCCCAGAGUGUGCUGUCAUUGGGGUGGGAUGAUAUCUCUGAGGUUUUUGAUGGGAAGCUCUCUCAUUAGUAUGCACCAUUGCUGUGGCAUCAAGUAACCAGUUCAACCUGGAGUGGGUUAGAAAUUGUCUGUAAAAUGCUGCAUGCUGUUGGUGAGAGGAAACUGCACUGGGACCUUUGAAAGUAUAAGGCUACUUAGAAGAGAUCAUUAAAUUUACAAAUAAUGUAAAUAGGUUAAGAACGAAGGAUUAUGAAAAUAAUAUGGUUCUUAUUUUGCUACCUAUUUUAACAGGACUGUUAAACAUUCAAUUGGAAUGUACUGAAUAACUAGUAUAACUUUAUAAUGAUUUUAAAAUAUUUACUUCAUUAACUUGAACACUUUUAUUUGAUCAAAUUAGUAACUUUAAACAGUUAUAAAUGCAAAAGCUA